AUGUCUAGUAGUUCUAGAUGUUCCACAAGGAACAGAAAUAGGAAAAGGAUGCUGUCUACUUCUGCUUGCUUGGGUAAAAAACGACAGUCUAGUAUUUUGGAUCAUUUCCAAUUGGCAGGCAGGGUGACACGAAGUAGGACUUGUAGUAACGUGUCUGAUGUAUUGGUUUUGGGGUCAGACGUUUUGCCCCUUCCCGUGAAUGGAGGUAAGGACUUCUGUCCUGAUGUGGAUUGUGGUAAUGUUGAGAAUGUGGCGGAUGCUUUGCCAGUUAGGUGUAAAGAAGAGGCGGAUAUUGGAUCAGAUUGGGAGGAGAGAGCGAACAAGGUAUUGCAACAGCGUUUUGGGUAUAAUUCCUUGAAGGGUUUACAAAAGGAAGCCUUGGCUGCUUGGGUAGCUCAUCAAGAAUAUUGUCUUGUUCUUGCUGCAACAGGAUCUGUGGUUAGCAUAUACAAUAGUGUCAGCAAAAACAAAGAAAUGGGUUUUGCUUACAUCAAGAAUAGAGAGGCAAUGAAAGGGAAAAGGACAAGACAAGAUCCCGUGACAAUCUCCCUUCUUUUCAUCUCCACACUCCUUUCGAGUCCUAGAUCGACAAUGAUGCCAGUAUCUGCACUUUCUAUUGAUGAGAAAUUAGAUACUGGAGCAGCAGACAUUAGUUUGGAAGAGGAGGCUUCGAGACUAUUGAAGGAGGUCGAAGAAUCGAGCUUUUAUUCUAGAUUUAGAGAGCAAAUCAAAACAAGCCAAACCUUUCAACACAAUCUGAAGCGAGUCCUAGGAUCCCAUUCCUACGUUGUGAUGGUGAUUUACGCUUUGGGUAUUAUGGACGUGGAUUAUCGAUCACAACAUCAACUCGCAGUGGCUUUGCUGUUGAAGCGAGAUUUCUCCCACUGGAUUGAUGAGAUUGAGGUUUUUGAUCCAAUUUUCUCUCCAAGAGAUGUUGUUGUGCUCAAGAAGUUGGGUUGCAAAGUUCUCUCUGUUGAUGAGAAGUGCCGGAGGCAAGUGGAGAAACCAACUUUGUUUUUUAUGCCCUAUCCUUCUUUCCAUUUCUUUUCAAACUUAAUGGAGGCUAAUUUGUGUCCUUUCAAGAUCAAUCAACUCAUUCUGUUGUCAAACAACUUGGACAACGUAAUGAAGCUUGUGAGGAAUUCUGAUCCAGAUAAACUAUAUGCGGCAUUCACGAAGGUCACGAUGCAGACUGUUGAAAGCAUUCAAAAGUAUUGGAAAGAGAUUAAAGUUUGCACAAACUAUACGAAUCGGAAUACACUUACAAUCUCUGAGUUCUCUUGGUAUUUCUUUGAUGUAAAGCAUAACAUUGAUAUGAAGAGCUUGAUCCCAGGUUUUUCCAGAAAUGUAAGGUUGGAAAUGGGGAGACAACUUGAUAAGAUGAAAAAUUCGGAUGGUUUUGCAGAAUGUGAGAGGGUUCUAGAGCCAAUUAUCAAGUCAAAUGUUAGUUAUCAAAAUCAGAAGGUGUUAAUGCGACCUCUUUACAAAUAUCGCAAGUUUCCAUAUCCUCCUCCUGCUAAAUGGGUAAAGCUUAGUAGAAGUGGAAAAGGUAAUGAUGAAGGCGGUCAUGCUGGUUAUGGUGGAAUUUUUUACAGCGAGACUGAGAAGUCAAUUGCAACCUUCAAUGGAAGUCUUGGGCAAAUGAAUGCCACAGCUGCGAGUAUAGAGGCAAUAAAGCAUGGAUUUAGAUGCUUACAAUUUGAUCGUGAAAACAUAAAUUGUGUAAUUCAUCACGUAUAUGAGGAGGCUAAUCUCCCAGCUAUUGUGCUGGCCAAAGAGGGCUCUAAGAAUGAUGUCCACGGAAGAGAAUCCACAAAGCCAUCCGAGGGCUUUGAAAUGUUUGGAAGCAAAUGGAAUUUGGAAGAUGAAGUUUUAGGAUUCCCCCUCUCCACUUCUUCAGCUUACACAGUCCUUGGCGUCGACUCUGGUUGCUCCACUGCCGCGAUCAAAGCAGCUUUCAGGGCUAAAGUGAAGCAAUUUCAUCCUGAUGUGAAUAAGGAUGGCAAGGUUUCUGAUGUAAUGAUUCGCCGCAUAAUUCAAGCUUAUGAGAUUUUAUCUAACUACAGUCGAUCUGAGAUCAUUGAAAGGGAAUGUUUGGAUCCUUUUGAAGAGCCAGAGUGUGAAGCAUUUGAUAUCUUUGUUAAUGAAUUUCUUUGUAUUGGCAAAGGGUGUCCAUCUUCAUGUGUUCAAAGAGCUCCCCAUGCCUUCACUCAUGCUUCUUCAACAGGAACUGCAAGGGCGACAUCUCAAGGGCAUGGUGAAGACUACCAAGUUCAGCUUGCGGUUGGUCAAUGCCCCAGAAGCUGUAUUCAUUAUGUUACCCCUUCACAGAGAAUUAUACUAGAGGAAUUACUUGACAGUAUCUUGGAUGUGCCUUACGAUUGUUCAGCCGAGGCAGACUUGCUUUAUUCACUUAUAGUUAAAGCUAGUACAGUGGUACCGACAUUAUACGUUCAGAUUUUGUGUUCUGCUUACGACUCGAAGCACAACUCUGAAGUUCAAAGUCUGCAAUAG